AUGGGUCAAUUGCUUUCUCACCCUUUGACGGAGAAGACCAUAGAAUAUAAUGAAUAUAAAAACAAUCAGACGUCAGCUGGCAUCGUCCCCCGAUUUUACAAUUGUGUGGGGUCGAUGCAAGGUUAUCGUUUAACUCAGGAAGAUGCACAUUUGAUUAGAAAUGAAAAUUCCAUUUUACACGUACGAUUUUUCAACCCGUUUAUAGAUAAGUAUGAAACCUUAUCGUUGAACGUCUUCGCGGUAUUCGAUGGUCACGGCGGUGAUGAUUGUUCUAAAUUUCUAAGCGGGGGGCGUCACCAUCGAGAUGGUAACGGCAGUAGCAACGGUAAUGGUGAAAAUAAUGCUGGAUUAAUCAAAUGGAUUGCCUACAGCUUUGAAAACCAUCAUUACACUUCUUCAAUGAAAAAUGAUUCAACUAAAUUCAAAAGAUCUUUUAACACGUUAGAAGGACUCGUAUCUCAAAUUCUAAAGGACGCUUUCAUAUUACAAGAUGAAGAGUUAUAUCGACAUUUUUCCAAUAGUUCAUGUGGAUCUACAGCCGUAGUCGCAUGUAUCAUAAACGAGGAAUCAUUGUACGUGGCUAACUGCGGUGAUUCACGAUGUAUUCUUUCUUCGAAAGCCAAUGGCAUAAAGACAAUGUCCUUUGACCACAAGCCACAACACAUAGGUGAAUUAAUACGUAUAAAUGAUAACGGUGGCACUGUUUCCCUUGGUAGAGUGGGUGGAGUACUUGCUCUCAGUAGAGCAUUCAGUGAUUUUCAAUUCAAAAGAGGUGUCACCUAUCCACAGAGAAGAACAAAGCUAACAAAUGUUACUCAAAAUUCAACUUCUGGAACUCCUCCACAGGAAGCACAAGUUACUGUCGAACCAGAUGUUCUGAUGCACAAGAUUGACUAUUCUAAAGAUGAGUUUUUAGUAUUGGCUUGUGACGGUAUAUGGGAUAUUUAUAACAAUAAACAGUUAAUUCACUUCAUAAAGUAUCACCUAGUAUCAGGAACAAAGUUGGAUGCUAUAAUAACGAAAUUGCUGGACCACGGUAUAGCGCAGGCUAAUAGUAAUACAGGUGUCGGAUUCGAUAAUAUGACUGUCAUCAUUGUAGUGCUGAAUAAGAAAGGAGAGACAUUGCAGGACUGGUUUAAUAAAAUGAAGAUCCGUUUGGAAAGAGAGAGAGGUUUAGUGUAA